AGUCAGUGAAGCCUUUUUGCUUGUAUAUUUGAUUGACAGCCGUAACGUAUGUUACAUGUCACAUAACUUAUGCAAGACGAAGCUGAUUGGCUUGUUGUAGAGAGGGUCUUUAUUAGCUUCUUUUAUUGGUUCUGGUAAUAGCGGGGAAGACAUGUCACAUUUCAUCUGUCAGCGAGCGAAAUCAACAUUGAGUCUCCUGUUUCCUACCUCAAAUGCUGUUAGGCCAAAUGUAGUUGUAAUUUUAGAAUAGAUCUCGCGGGGAAAAUGUUCGUCUCUUUGUUUGUUGCAUGGUGGAUGGCCUGCUUAGCUACGGGAGCUUCAGGCACAUUUUCCGGAUUGGUUCCUAUUUCGUUCACCCGAGAGCCGAGCUACACCGUAGCCCACAAAAAUAAGCCAGUUACGCUAAAUUGUGGAGUGAAUGGGAAGCCUCCUCCGUCCAGUUUCACAUGGGAAAAAGAUGGACAGGAAAUCAUUCCAGAUUCAAGGAGGACGAUUGACUCAAAUGGAGCGUUGCACAUUACAAGAGUAAUCCAUACUCGGGAGAGCAAACCCGAUGUUGGGGAAUAUCAAUGCUUUGCUUCAAAUGAAAGAGGCAGAAUUGCUAGUCGCAAAGUUCGUUUGGAUGUUGCUGGUAUGUCUAAGAAGUUUCAAUGGGAACCGCAAAACACAGUAACAUUGGUAGGAUCCUUUGCAAGAUUUUCCUGUCAAAUCCGACAUGCUUCUCCUGCAGCUACUUUAAGGUGGGAAAAAGAUGGCACCCGUUUAGAAGCCAAUGACAGAAUUUUCAUGCUGAUAGAAGGAGUACUACAAAUAAAAGAUGUCAGAAAAACAGAUGAAGGAAACUACAGCUGUGUGGCAGAAAAUGUGGUCAAAAUGCGCCGCAGCAAUCCUGGAAGUCUUACAGUCCUAGCUGCUGAUUCAUCAAGAAAUAGGACAAGCCCACAAUUUCUUGGAGAACAUCGAAACAUAACCAUUGUGAAGGGAGGUUCAGCUGUAAUUGAAUGUGCUGCAUCUGGAUAUCCCCUUCCAAUGGUGCAGUGGAGGAAAUUGGAUGAACAUUCUGGGAAAACUUACAAUGUUUCUAAUAUCACUUAUGCUGUUAACAAUCUCAAUUUUUCCAAUGUUGAAAAAAAUGAUGGAGGCCAAUAUGAGUGUUAUGCACAUGCAGAUGGAAAAACCAUUUCCAGAAUUGUUUGGCUGUUUGUCACAGUGCCACCUCAAUUUACGUUAACACCUCCCCGUUUGGUGUGGAUGAUUGAUGAACCCUUGGAGUUGAAAUGUGCAGCAAGUGGAGAACCAGUUCCUUCAGUAUACUGGCUUAAAAAUGGGAAAGAGCUGAAUUCCAGUGAUAUCACAAAAGUUACUUAUGGCAAGGGAAGAGCAGACUUGACAGAAUUCAGUUCAUCAGCCAGUAAUGCAUUGUACCAGUGCUUUGCACAAAAUGAAGCAGGAAGUACCCAGUUCGUAGCUUGUCUGAUAGUUCAAAAGAAAGAUGAUCGACCUGGCCCACCAGUGAAUAUUGUGGCUCUGCCAUUAUCAUCAUCCUCCAUUGUUAUAAACUGGAGUCCUCCUAUUGGUAACCAUAUUAUUGGUGCAUACACUGUGCAUUACAAACAGUUAGGGAAACCAGGCGAACCUGAAACCAAAGUUAUCAGUAAAGAUACACACAGCUAUGAAGUGCAAGGACUGUUGGGAUACACAAAUUACAGUUUUUAUAUGAAGGCUUAUGCCAAAGCUUUUGGGUAUGAAUCAAAACCAAUUGUGCAGAGGACACUUGAAGACCGACCAGCCAAAGCACCAGUUGAUAUAAAAGUCUCCAGUCAAACACCAGAUAGUCUUGAUGUGGAGUGGGCACCACCACCUAGAGACUAUCGCAAUGGCAUCAUAAAAAACUAUGUGAUUUCCUACAAGAAAGAGUAUGACAAGGGAGAACCAAGCUCUGUAGAAGUUCCGGGGCAUACUCUUAAAAAGACAAUUAAUGGUUUGUCUAAAGGAACAUCUUACACGAUCAGAGUGGCUGCUGCUACAGUGAAAGGUGAAGGGCCUUUAAGCAGAGCUGUGAAAGGAAGAGUUCUCAAUCAGACAUCUAAUGUGAUCAGCCCACCAACUGUAUGGAUUGCAGACCAUAACUCAACCACAGCAAUCGUGAAAUGGCUUCCCCCUGCCUAUGGAAAACACUCAGUAGAAGAGUAUCAUUUAUUUUAUGUCCAGAUGCAAGAUCACAGCAUGGAAAAAGGACCAUUCAUUGUUAACAAAUGGCAGAAAACUUACACUCUGCAUGGAUUAAGUUCUGGAAGCCGAUAUUUAAUUAAGCUGAUGGCCUCUGAUGGUAGUACUUUAGGUCCUCCAGGAGCAACUUAUGUCACCACUGACAGGGGUCCAGGAACUCCAGAUCCUACAGAAGAUCCACUACCCCCUCUUAGACCCAUUCAUUUGGUUUGUACAGUUGACAGUCCAACUUCAAUCCUGCUUACGUGGCAAACACCUUUGUCUUCAGGAAGCACAACACAUUACACAGUGACAUAUUUCUUGCGAAGCAGGAUAAAACAUGUCCCUGUGAAGAGAACAGUUUAUUCUGAGAAUAUUGUCUUGCGUGGACUUACUCCUGGAAGAGAGUACACAAUCUCUGUUCAGUCUCACUAUAAAUCUGAGAAAGAGAUCUUCCCUGGUGUUAGCACUGCAUUCAAGAACUGUAAACUUCCAUUAAGUGAACUAAGCUCACCUCCACAAAAUAUCAAAUAUGAAUACAAGACUGUUAGAACUGUGGAACUGGAAUGGGAGUCUCCCCUUAAACCUAAUGGACAGCUCAUCAGCUUUGAAGUUCUUUACACUUACAACAAGUCCUAUCCAGAUUCCAUGUGGAAAAAUGAAUCCUACCCAUUGGGGUUUUUUGGCAGUAGGGUUAAACAGUUCCAUCAACGGUUAUCAGGCAUCAAGGAAGGGACAGAAUUCUACCUCAAGAUUCGUGCUGAGAACAAUCACGGAUUUGGACCUUUUUCUAAAACAAUAACAAUCAAGCCGCCCUCUGUAGCAGAAAGGGUUGGUCCAAAUGUUGAAUACACCAUUCUGCCAUCCGGUCAGGUACAGCUGUCAUGGAAGUGUCCUAGAGUGUUCAAUGCUUUCAUUGAGAGCUUCACCAUUCUUUUUUCAAACGACACACACCUAGCAGAUGACAAAUGGAAAGUACAGACUGUUAGUAUACCACAUUCUAGAAGAUUUCCAGAUAAAGUGACAACCACCCUGUAUGUGAAGAAAAUUUUCAUCUAUUUUAAAGUUCGUGCAGAGUAUAAUGAUCACAUUCCUGGAAAGUGGUCCAAAAUAGUGAAAAUUACCAAAGAAAAAGAGCCAAAGGAUCCUCCUCUGACAUCAGUAGAGCCAAGGCUGUCAGAGUUAAAGGAUAAUCCAGACAAUAUAAAGCUUGGUAUCAUUAUUGGGUGCACCAUCAGUGCAUUUUGCAUUGUAGUCCUUCUUCUCUUUAUUGUGUGGAGAAAUCCUUGCAGGCACUAUGCUGCCCAGAAGAGUGAAAAGAAAACAAAUGUCAAAGCAUUGCCACCCUUGAAUGGGUAUCUGUCAUCACAAAAACAAAUUGUUGUGUCUUCAAUACAAGAUAAUAGUGCAUCAACAGAAGAAACAUCUGCCAGUUCAGGCUUGUGCCAGUGUAGAUGUACAUGUGGAGCUGGUAGAUGGCCAAUGGGACCAACAAUGGUGAGGACUAAUGGUCGAUUACCAGGAAGCAGUGAUAGCUCCGCACCAAUAACACAGGUUUUUUCACAUUCUGCAUCAGAUGCAAACAGUGAAGACAGUGGAAGUGGGCAUGAUCUUCGAAGUAAAGGAGGUCAUAAAAGCAAUCCAGUGUCUUCAUCAAGUAGUCUUUCAGUUGAAUUACACAGAAACGAGGAGAUACGUACAGUACCAUUUUCAUCAAAAAGCAAAAAGAAGAGCAUAUCUGUUGAUGUAUGAAUGAACUUAUUCUGUUUCGGGUGUCUGGAUUCAACUCCUUCUCGUCUGGAUUCAACUCCUUCUCGAUGUUCAUCACUGUGCCGGAUAAGUUCUCUGAUGUUUCACCAUGAAAAUCGUUUGAUAAAUACAACGGUAUGCCCACCCCACCCUCCCCCCCUAGUACAUAUAUGAUUCCCUUUGAAUUCUACAUCACGCUUUGGUAUAACUCAAUACAUAUUGAUAAAUAUCGCAUAGUAGGCAUUUUGCAUUUUUAUCUUAUCACAUUGAAAAUGCCGCAACUGGUACCUUCAGUUUCAACGGUGCUCGUUGAUUUUUACAUUCAUCAAAAGUCUGCAAAAUAGUUUCUUGGAAGACGAAGUAACCCAAAAUGAUUCUUAUUUUGAACACAAUACUUUUGAACCGCCAAUGUGAGUUUUUGAGUACCAAUAUAAAUUGAAAUUAUCAAAUCAAUAUGCGAACGUCUAAAUUGAAUUUUUCAAUUGGAAACACGUAGCUGGUUUAUUUUUGUACUAUUUCAAUAUUUUUAAACUUAUUGAAGGCCGAGUAACCUGAUUGGCAUUCAAAACUGUUAAUUGAGUUAUUUAAUCAAUAUUUAAGCUUCAAAAUUAUUUAUGUUAACUCCGAACUUGUAAUAAGAGAAGCUGUAGUAAAAUUGGAUACGUGAUUUCCAAAACAAUAACAGACCUGCUGUUGAUUGUGCGGGUCUUUCCUUUGGAGACUAACCAACAAACAGUUUGUUCAUCACCUGCCAGCUUUCACCACACAGCAGACACUGUAGUUACAUGUAACAAAUGGUCAGGAAAUCUUUUCUAUACCUUGCCUCACAAAUAGAGAAGUAUCAAUUUCAUAUAGACUAUCAUCCAAAUUAGACCUUGCGAUCUUCAUCCAAGAUCCCUAGUUAUGGUCGCCUUACUUUACUCUGCUCAGCUCUUAUUUUCAAUAUUUAAGAAAUCUAACUGCUAUUUGUACUACUGAUAUUUUAUCUAAGAGAGAAAAUUGUCCUGUACUUUUUUUGUUUUAACUAAUAUAUUUGUUACUGUUAUUGAAAUUCCUCCUGUCUAUAUACAUCAAGUUUGCUUUUCGUGAGACUUUUGAUACAGGAAUCGGCCUAGUGCUUUAUGCUUACAAAGGGCUUUGGGAAAAUUAACAAGUAUUACAUUUUAAAUAUCUUGCUAAAUGACCUUAGGUGAAGUUAAGAAAACAGCUUGUUAAUCGCUUGCAGUGCCACUUACUUUAGCAAUUUUUUUUUAAUUCCAAACGAUUAAGUUUUGAAAACACGUUGCCUGGAUGCAGUAUGCGUUACAACCGUAACCUGAGGCUUCAGUAAAAAUAAUAUUAAAUCAUUAUUUAUUAUAUAAUAUUAUCGCAUUAUCAACGACAGAUUAGACAUUUGCAGUCUGUUAUAACCUAACGGAAAUACGUUAAUUAAUGGCUGCUAUUUUAACAUCAAAGAUAACAUUGCAUUGAGCAGGUCUCGCGUGCAUUUAAAUAUUGACGGGAGGGAAAGUCUUUUCGGAGGGAAAGUCUUUUCGCAGGGAAAGGUUCAGCAUCUUGACGGCUGUUCUGGGAUAGUUUGAAUUCCAAUGUUUUCUCUACGUUAACACUUUUUUCAGGAAACAUGUCUGACGGGAAUAUAUUAGGGAUGUUUGUAAAUAGUUUUAAGUUCAGGUAUCUUCUCUGACGAAUUGAGUGUCGAAGUGAUUACUGUAGUUUUCCUUCACUCUUUGACUGGUCUAGAAAACUUGCUCCAUCCUUUCAACCAGUCAUAUUGGCCGUGGUGAUCACUUUGCUUUUGACACUUAAUUGAAAACAUUAUUACCUAUCAAGCAAUCCCUCAUUCAUAUCCUCUCUUCAGACAGUCAGAUUUCCUUCUCGUGUGUUUCCCAUAUAGCAUUGUAUCCUCAUUUAUCCAUAAAGUAUAUUUAGCCUUAUAUGUAGAGACCGAAACGACAAACCUGAAUUGCUUGCUGUUAAUUCCUGCGAAGAACUUCGUACUGAAUCGUUAAAUACCCUGGUAUUUUUCGAGUAUUUUUUUUCGAACGAAAUGAGAGGUUAAUCCUCGUUUCGUUGUAUUUACAGUUUUCAUAGAUGUAUUUUUAACCCUUCUCGAAUUUAGUUUUACAAGUUCUUAGCUGUUAACAGCAGGCUUAUACUUGUCAGUCAUUGUUGACGAGGCUACAUUUAACCAGAGUUGUAAAAUAGAAUCUAGCUAAAGUAUUACAGGUACUAAAACUUCCAUCAUAAUCACGAUAAACGUAGCUUAUAUACUCGCAAACUGCUAUUUAUGUUUUAGUAAAUUCUAUUAUAUCAAUUAGCCACUCAGAAUAUUGCAAAAGCUGCAAAAUUAGCAACCUUAACGUAAAGUUAUUACUUUGAUAUGGAAAAAAAAAACGCUUUCCAUGCUGAUUUAGUUCCAGUUUCAGGUUAAAUCGGAACUUUUCAGUUAAAUUUACGGGCAGCGUUUGUAACAGAACCGAUAAGGCUGCUUAUUGUUUGAAUUGUAAACAACCCAGAUAUAUUCCGCAAAUAAUUUGAAUUUAUUUUGAUGCAAAGUCUCGCUGGGGGAAUUACACUUCAGAUUUUAAAAAUGUCCAUUUUUUAUGGAAAAUUAUUGAUGUAUGCUUGCAUUACUAACAAAUUUGGAAAUGUUAUUUAACUUCGUUUGUAAAAAAAAAAAAUUCUCCGAUGAAAGAUUUCAUAUUAGUGCUAUAUAAUAUAUUUUCAUCAUAUGCAUCUACCUUUGUAAUUUAUACUUAUAUAUAAUAUAUGCACAUACAUUUCACGCCAUCGUUAUUAUUAUUUGCUUAGUCGUUAUGUUAUUUUUCUAUAAGCAACAAUAUCUGAUGUGGCGAUGUUACUAUUUACCAGGGUAAUUUUUAUACUCAAAUCGUCUGAGCUAGGUUUCAGAGGAUAACUUAAUUGUAAAAUGAAUAUGAUAUAUUAUAUAUUUUAAAUAAACCCUGGAAGUCAAA